UGCAUUCCAAAUACGCGAUCUACCAGCCAUGAUGCUGCCAUUUGCUGCGCUUAUCCUUCUAACCUGGGUGUUUGCCACGCCGCUUGCAACUGCUUGGGAGAAGAGUGUGACUGACUUGGGCCACACGUUCGACCAAAGCUCCCAGUCGCACUCCCAAUCCCCAGGACGAAGGCUUCAGGAACAUUUCCUUCUUUGCGUGUUCUCGAUGUUUCCUGCUGCUCAUGUGGAGCCCUGUCCAGUGGUGAGAUGGAUUGAGCUGUGCAAGGGCUUCUUAGAAGCUGGGUCAUGUGCUCAGCUGUCGAAGUUCGAUCCAUCGAACGUGCGUGGUGGCUGUCGCCUGCGCGGACCUCCGACAUCUGCCGCGCCAGCGCGUCUGCUGGGCAUCGGGGGGUUGGUCACGAUGAAGACGGGCGAAGAGUUGCGCAUCAGUGGGAACCUCCACAUGACAUCGCUGCGCCUUGAAGCUGGGACACUCAUUUUUGAGAAUGCUCAAGUGGUGACAUCUCCUGAACCACCUCCGGGGGCAGAAAACUCUGCCAUCAAGGGCGGUGCAUUUCGCAGCUACGGCCGUGUCAUUUUUGCCAACUCAAAUGUGACUGUGAGCAGUGGAGCGGCGAAAGAAGGUGGUGGUAUAGCAGCUGAUGGAAAGAUUGGUGCUGCAUCCGCCGACUUGAUGUUGAUCGCGUCGAGCCUUCGAGUUCAAAACACGGCAGCAAAGGAAUUUGGUGGGGGCAUCGUUGCCAGCUCAGCACUGAGGCUUCAAAGUUUUGACGCAGCAGCUCGUACACUCUUGCUCGAUGCAGACGUGGACAUCAAAGAGCUGGAUGCUUUGGCGCAGGCCAGCAGCUCCACAAGUUCCACACUCACUAUCAUGAAUAGCACAGCUGCCACUGCAGGAGGUUUCUUUGCUAUAGGACCAGUUGUGGUAACUGGCAUGUCCGCAAUAAACAUCUCCGACAGUCAUGCUGUUGCAGACGAUGAGGGAAUAGGUGGGGGAUUUUCGACGCUUGGCAAAUUGCGAGUGAAUGGCAGUUCCACGAUCCAAAUUCAGCGAACCACAGCACCCGUGAUGGGGGGAGGAUUUCAGGCAGCGCAGGGGAUUGUGGUCACUGGCAUGUCCAGGAUGACCAUCUCGGACAGCUCAAGCCAACGAACAGGAGGUGGCUUCUUCAGUUACAAAGGCUUGGAAGUGACCAACAGAUCAACGUUGCGAAUCCACAAAGCAAUGGCAGGGGGAACAGGGGGAGCUUUCAGAGUGGAAGAGGCUUUAGUUUCGGGGAUGUCUGCUGUGAUCGUUUCAGACAGCCGUUGCCUUUCCGGCGUCGGCGGAGGAGUUUUCGCUCAAAGCCUGCAAGUUUCCCAUGGUUCAAACCUCAGCAUCCGCAAUGCCUUUGCUGGGGGGAAAGGAGGAGGAAUUGCUGCAACGACUUUGCACGUGACCAACGGCUCAAAAGUCAUAGUGAAGAAUGCCAAGUCUCAGGGAAGCGGAGGAUGUUCCUACAACAGUAACGUGAUGAUUGAGAGGACGUCCACGCUGAGCCUUUCUGACUGCCACGCAUUGUCAGAGAAUAGUGUUGGCGGAGCCCUUCAAGCCAUGAGAGGCGUGCAGGUGAAAGACAACUCACACCUCUACAUCCGCAAUUCGUCUUCGAUGCGAAGUGGCGGAGGUUUUGAUUCGGGCAGUCAUGUUGUGAUUGCAGGAAUGUCCAACAUAAGCAUUUUGAACAGCCAUACUGUCUCAGGCAACGGUGGGGGCUUUUCAGCAGAUAAGAGUUUGCGAGUGACAAGGGGCUCAACGCUUAGCAUCCAAAACGCUAGAGCUGGCCAACAUGGAGGAGGCUUCUUUGCAAUUGAAAAUGUUGUGGUGACUGACAACUCAACCUGCAGCAUUCACAACUCCACAGCAGGCAGCAGUGGAGGAGGGUUCCUUGCAGACGGGGAAGUGGUGAUUGACGGGCAGUCCAAGGUGAAGAUGUUUGAUUGCCAUGCAAUCACGGGAGAUGGUGGAGGAUUUGCCACCAGGACCUUAGCUGGAGCGAAUGUUGAUAGACGCUUGCAGGUGAGUGGCAAUUCAGCACUCAGCAUUCACAAGGCCACAGCUGGAGCAAAUGGAGGGGGAUUUUAUGUAGAAGACGAUCUUGAAGCCAAUUCUUCUAUCAUUGAAAUCUUCAACAGCAGUGCGGGAGAAGAUGGUGGAGGCUUCAACGUGGGCAGGGCUUUGCUUGGAGACUGCGAGGUAAGAAUUCGAGGUGCUGCCGCAGAACAUGUUGCAGGGGGCUUCGCAAUAAGAUCUGGACUGUUUUUGAGCAGUGGAUCAAUCUCUAUCGUCAACUCCACUGCAGACUCAGGAGCUGGAGGUCUUGUCAAGGGCCCGGCAAUUCUCACUCACUCCAAGUUGGCCAUUUCUGAUGCAGGAGGUGAUGAAUACUCCGCUGUGUUGGUGGCAAACUGCUUGCAGCUUGGCCCUAAGUCUGCAUUUCUCAUGGAAGAUGUUAACGGAGGGCAUGGCCUGGAUUUACGCAAUGUUGGCUGCGUUUGCACAGCAGGGACUCUUCAAGUGGCUAGCGAUGCGACUUUGCAGGCAAGUGGCGACUUGAGCUCGAGUUUCAUGAAGGUGGCAGCUUGUCCAUCUGAGACUGUAUACCUCUCAGGCAUUCAUCUCCAGUCAUGGUCUAGUGCCCUCUGGAGCAGUGGUGGAUCUCCUCCAAGCCACGUGGUGGUAGAGAACGUCAGUGUCGACUUUGAACCGCAGCUUGACAACGUGCAACUCCUGGAAGUGGAGGAAGGUUUCACUAUCAACUCCUUGGUCGUUUCCUGCCCGAGCUGUACGAACGGGGUCACUUUCAUUUCCACGGAGCACUCGCUUCAUGCAUUCAGCCCGAAGGCCGAUCUCAAGUGCCCAAACCAAGUUAUGGUGUUAAAUGGGACAACACCGCGCUGCACUUGCACUGACUACAAGAUCACAAACGAGCGCUUCCGUGGCAUGCAGGUGGUUCCUGUUGAGGAUGUUUUCAAUACUUGCGCUUUCUGUAAGCUCCACCAGCACUAUGUCGACGGCGGCAAAUGUGAGAAAUGUCCUUUGUACACCGCCUGGUCCGAUGGAGAAACUGAUGUGUGCCAUAUGCUGCCUCGAGAGGAGGCCGAGCGUACAGCAAUACUGACAGGUGCAAUCAUUUUUGUGGUGUCCGCAUUCAUCCUUCUCCAACUUCUGGCUGCGCCCCUGUAUGUGGUUGAUGCAAGAUCAGAUGCAGUGAACGAUCCUCCGGAAGAAGUUCCACAAAGAUCGUUUGCAAUGUCUGUGCAAGGACCCAUAGUUGAUUUGCCCAAGCAGAUGUCUGCAAGGGUGCAUGAAUUGGUCUCGUAUCGUAUCACAGGGACGGGCCUGCAGUGGCUAGAUUUUGAUGCGGAGAAAGCCAACAAUGUGAAAGUUUGCGGGGUCUCUCGCAGAAAACUUCGCCUGAAAGAUGCACAUGCGCCGUUCGAUUGCGCGGCCUGUGGAGGGGUUUUGCAUCCCACUGAGACCGGUCGCCUUUUCUUCCUCAUCGUCGGCAUUUUGUUCAUUUUUGUGUUGCUGCCUGUGGCCAUUCAAGUUUCAGUGGCAUCGGGCAACACGUUUCAACACACACUAGUCACCCUAGCAAUUUGCAUUCUUCCAAUUGGCGUGGUGGCAGCCCUCUUGUACUACCCCGUUGCUUGCCUCAUCCGCUGGCGUUAUCAGAGGACACCCUAUGCCGACACCUUGAGCGAAUACCAGAAGCAGAUCCAACACAAACUGCAUCCCGGACCUGACGCAGAUCAUCCAAAGAAUCAAGGCCUGCUGGCCAGCACCCUUUACGAGUUGUGGAAGCACUUUGAGAGCUUCAUCUUGGAACGCAAUAUGCACUUCAUUGUGGCCAACAUUGUAACACCUUUGACCUCUCAGCGUCAGACAUCCUUUGUGGGACUUUGGGGUGGUAGAAAGGUGGACUACUUUGUGUCACAUUCAUGGGGGACGAGCUUUGCUCACUUCACGCAGUCGAUACGGUGCCAUGCUUUGUCCAAAGAGGGCUCCACAUGGAUGGACACGAGCUACUGGAUUUGCUCCUUCGCAAAUAACCAGUGGAAGAUCAAGGAGGACUUGGGGUCAACGAUCAUGGAGAGCGCAUUUGCGAGGGCCUUGACGGGUGGCGUGAAAGGCACCGUGAUGGUAUUGGAUCACGAAGUGCAGCCACUCACCAGAGUUUGGUGCUUGUUUGAGUUCCUGUUGUCCAGCCGGGAGAACUUGGAGCCGGUGUUCUCCACUGAUGUCGGUGUGGUGGGAGAUGGCAGCUGCACAUCCUUUGAUAUCGCGUUGAAACUGGGCAAGAAGAUCAAGUGCCUGCAAGUCGCCAAUUGCCAAGCAUCAAGUGAACAAGACAAGAACGACAUCUUCAAUUACAUCGUGUCAGAAUUGGGCAGCUUGCAAAACAUGGAUGAGCAAAUCAGGCGCUUGAUGGGCCAGAUGCUGAAGAAGAAUCUUGCAAACAUUGGUGGUGCCACAGACAGCCUUUUGCACAGGCUAGGGCAGAAUUGAUGUGUUUGACCAAUACUGACAUUUUGCACGGUGCAAUUUUGAUUAAAGUGCCUUCUGGCGCGCAAGAGUCGCAGCCCAAAGGAAGUCAACUUUUUAAGUGUUGUCAGCCAACAUCGGCAAUGUUUGCUCAGGGUGCGCACACAAAGUUGCGAGCCCUCACACCAUCCACAAUUUUCGG